AUUUUCCCAGGAGCAUAAGUGUGUAGAACCUCACUUAGUCCAAGCAAAGCGAUCUGACCAGAUCAUAUAUCCUUAGUUACACUUACACUACAACUGAAGCGAUCUCAACCAACCUGGUUUUGUGUCCGGUUCUGUUACUUAACCCACUUGCUUGCCCUAAUUCAACCCAAGUCAAUACCCUGUCCCUAAAUCUUACAUGGAUUUCUGCUAAAUUUUCUAUUGCCAGAUCCAUCAACUCCCGAGACACCCUCCAAUUUUCUUCCUCAAAUUCAAUGGCGUCGUGGCAAAAAGGCAAGUUUUUUAUCUUCUCUUUGCUCUUCCUUUUCUCUUCUCUUCAUGUUUCCAGUGCCCCCUUAGACCCCGAAUCAUGUUCUAUAGUACAAUCCAAGCUGGACCACGAUUCAUGCCAGGAACAUGUUCCUGAACAACCCCAAAUAGCUAAUAAUUUGAAUCAGCAAGUUUUGUUGGAUAGGCUUGAGGAGUUAGUGAGAAAUCUUAGUGAUUUAGUUUCAAGAUUAGAAUCAAAGCUACCUGACCCUCCAAAAGAAAAGGGUAGGUUUACUCACAGAAAGGGUGGUGGUGAUGACGAUGAUGAGGAUGAUGCAAGAUCAAGUAGUAAAGGAGUUGAAGAUGGUGAAUUUGAGGGGAAAAUCCGAGAUGGGGAGAGAGCUAGGGGAACGUCUGUGACAAAGUACACACCUUUUUGGUCAGAGAGGUUCCAGUUUGCAUCUGCUGUGAAGUUGGAUUCCGAGGUCACUUGUAUAAAUGUUUUGCCUUUUAGGGAUCAUGAGGGGCUGAGUAAGUAUGUGGCAGUUAGUGAUGAGAGGGGAAGAGUGUAUGUGUUCACGAGGAAUGGGGAUGUGUUGGUUGAGUUUGAUACCUCAUUGGAGUCUUCAAUUACAGCAAUGGUUUCGUAUACUUCGGUUUAUAAGAAUGAGAGUUUUGUGGUAACUGGUCAUCGAAAUGGGGAAAUCUUGAUACAUAGAGUUUGGGAGGGAGGGUCUAGUGGAGAGGAUUAUAGUUCUGUUUUCAUGGAGAAUGUUGGUAAGUUUCUGUCUCCUGAAAACCAUGAAGAUGGGUUGCCGGUGAGUCUCUUGGAAGUUCAUUAUGUAGGGAGGAUGAAGUACAUUCUGUCAGCUGAUACAAGUGGGAAGAUCAAGGUUUUUAAGGAGAAUGGUUCGUUACACGGUUCUGCCUCGCCCUCUAGUAGGCCGCUAGUUUUUUUGAAGCAACGGCUUAUGUUCUUGACGGAAACUGGGGCAGGUUCAUUGGAUUUAAGGGGCAUGAAAAUCAGGGAAUCUGAAUGUGAAGGGUUGAACCACUCUAUUGCUCGAACUUAUGUUUUCGACGCCAUGGAGCGUUCCAAGGCAUAUGGUUUUACCUCGGAUGGGGAUCUGAUUUAUGUCUUGUUGCUUGGAGAUGUGAUGAACUUCAAAUGCAGGGUUAGAUACAAGAAAAAGUUUGAUGUAGACGAGCCUCUUGUUGCUCUGCAGGCAAUUAAGGGGUAUUUGCUGAUUGCUAACCCGGAGAAGGUUUUUGUGUACAAUGUUUCAUCUCCGCAUUACGUGAGAGUUGGUGUGCCUCGACCUGUUUUCUCCUCAAGUAUUGAUGAGCUUAGAUCAUCAUUCUUGAAUAAUAAUCCAACCCCAAGUUUGGAUGGAGAAACAAGAGUGACACCCUUGAUAGCUAGUGACCGUGAAAAGCUUGUUAUUGUUGGUCUUGGAGGUGGGUAUGUGGGAAUGUAUCAUUCUAAUCUACCUAUCUUCAAAGGGGAAUUCAAUACCAUGCUAUGGACUAGUCCUGUGUUGUUCUUCAUACUUUUCCUAUUUGGGGCUUGGCACUUUUUCGCCAAGAAGAAGGAAGCACUUACAUCAUGGGGACCAGAUGAUCCAUUUAGUUCCACGUCAGCUACCACCAGUGCGCCGUUGGCAUCUGCCUCUGGGGACAGAUCUUUUGCAGACUCUUCUUCGAGAAGUUCCGAGGUUAUGGAUCUUAGAGGUGGAAAUCUCAGAGCUCCACCGAGAAGGUAUGGCUCUCCUUCAAGGUAUCCCGGUGGCGGGGCUGCAACUUCCUAUAGGCUUGGUGUUGGUGGUGCUUCUGCUGAUCACAAUGCUAGGCCAGCUUCAGUUGAUCCAGAUUUUCGUGCAGCCUCCGAGCUCAAAUUUAGGGCCUCCACCAUGGACCCUCCAGGUUUUCCUAAAAGAAGAGAUGGUAUGUUUGUAGGGAAUCAAGUUGUAAAUGACCGCAGUUGAGUGGCAGAGUUAAUUGCAUGAUAUAGGUUUUUCUCUAACUAGUUUCAGAUUUCCUUAGCUUUUAAUCGUAUGCAUCAUUUGCUAUCUGGUCUCGCAGUUUUUUAACUUUCAAGUUGUUGCACAAAAGAGAGAAAUAAAUUAUAAUGAGAAACUUCCAAGUCUUUUCUUCUCCCAUA